AUGCAGACUGCCACGUCACCCGUUCCCAGUCUCUCCCACCCCUCAUCCUCCUCCUGCCUCUCCUCUAACUCCGCUGUUAAUGAAACAGCAGGAGGGGAAGGGGUUCCAGCCUCACAGCCCGGGUCAGUCCAAUCAGGAAACGCCACAUGUCCUGCUCCGCCUCUCCCUCCUCUCGCCACGUGGCACCCAGCCGUGGCAGCAGCCGCCACUCUCGCGCUUCAGCCCUGGUCCCCUGUUGCCGCCACACUCGUCGUCCUAGGGUUCGCCCUCCUGCUUCUGCGGCAGGUGUCUGCUGUCAUUAAGACAUUAGUAGUCUUAAGAGAGAAGGUUAAUAGGCUAGAGGCGGACGGAGCAAGCGCGGGGGCUGGAGGGGACGGGGGACUGGGUGAAGGGGAAGAGAGCGAGGGUGAGGAGGAGGAAGAGGAGGGAUCGGAGGACGGUGAGAGGGAGGACUGGGAGGGGUUCGCAGGUGGUGCAGGGGGGGGAGUCGUGGCAGUUGGCGAUGUCGGUUUAGCAGAGAGCCUUGCUGCGAUCAGUGAGAGUGUUGGGACGAACUCGCUGUUAGCGAUUUUGGUGAAUGAGGUGCGGGUUCCGUUGAGAGGGGUGCUGGGGGUGCUGCAGCUGCUGUCCUCCUCGCCCCUGGACGCAAUGCAGCAGGAUAUCUUGCAUUCUGUCACCGCCACCACGCGCCACCUCAUCCACGUGGCGAACAACGUCGUUGACACCUGGCGCGCGGACGGCCGGGCGGCUGCAGCAGCAGCUGCCGCCGCCGCCGCCGCCUCUGCUACAGCUGCUAUAGGCGCUGGUGGAGCUGCAUCCGCAGCUGCUGCUACAGCCGUUACAGCAGCAGGGGCAGCGGCUGCUAGUUCUGCUACAGCUGACAGCCUGGAUGCAGGAGGGGCGUUGAGGCCUGUGGCUACAGUGCCGGUGCCGCCCAGGCUGGAGUCGGCACUGUUUGAGUUUCGUCCGCUAGUGGACGAGGUGUUGGCUCUGACAGGCGGGGAGGCGUGUGAGAAGGGAGUGGAGAUAGCCGCGCUGGUCAUGGACUCGGUGCCUGCAGCGGUUGUGGGCGAUCCACUCCGACUCAGACAGAUUCUUCUCAACCUCUUCACUGUUGCUGUCCGCCUCACCGAUCGGGGCCACAUCUUCCUCUGUGUGCGUGUUGCCUUCGACGCUCCCCACAAACCAGCAGCAGCAGCAGCAGCAGCAGCAGCAGCAGCAGCAGCAACAGUGGCAGGAUCAGGAGCAGCAGGAGGAGGAGCAGCAGCAGGGGAAGGGGGGGAUGGAGGAGAGGAGGAGAAGGAGAGGGCAGCACGGGGCAAAACGUCUCUCAUGAAGGGCGAGCACCUGACUCUGAGCGGGUUACCAGCAGUGGACGGCAGCAACAGCUGGCCUGCCGUCUGUGAGAUGCUGAAGCAGCAGGAGAACCGACUAAAAAAAUCACCCUCUGGUGGCGCUGCUGGGACUGCUGCUGGGACUGCUUCUGCUCCUGCGGCUGUAGCUGCUUCUGGCAGCGGCAGUGGCGGUGGUGGUUCUGCUGCUGCUGCUACUGCUGGGGGUGCAUCUGGAACCGGGGCAAGGGCAGCGGCGGACAGGAGGAGGAGGGGCAUCCGGCUGGUGUUUAGUCUGGAGGACACGGGGGCGGGGCUACCGGGGGAGGUGCUGGCAGCGAGGGAGCGGCCGUUUGAGGCGGUUCACAUGAAGCUGCAGCAGAAGUACGCGGGCGUGCCGCUGCUGCUCUGCUUUGCUGAGAGGGGCAUCCGGCUGGUGUUUUCUUUGGAGGACACGGGGGCGAGGCUGCCGGGGGAGGUGCUGGCAGCGAGGGAGCGGCCGUUUGAGGCGGUUCACAUGAAGCUGCAGCAGAAGUACGCGGGCGUGCCGCUGCUGCUGUGCUUCGCUGAGAGGCUCGUGAACUCCAUGUCAGGACAAAUGUCGCUAUCCACGCGCGUCAGCACCGGCACCACCGUCACCUUCGACGUCCUCCUGGACCAGCCUCCCCCAGGUGCCCCCUCCCCUGGCACUGGCGGCAGCAGCGGAGGCUCAGCUGGAGGGGUCGGAGCAGUAGCAGGAGGAGGAGGAGCGGCAGCAGUGGCAGGGGGGGCAGUGCCGCGGGUGUUUCACAUAGGGUACGGGGCGAUAGGGGACGAUCAGCACGCGGAGUGUGCGGGGCUGAGGGCGAAGCUGCGGGGGAUGCGGUGUCUGGUGGUGGAUGGGCGGCCGGUGAGGCAGCAGGUGACUGCCACGUACCUGGCCCGCAUGGGCCUCCGAGUUGACCUCUCUGACAGCGUCCCUGCUGCUGCGCUGGCACUGCGACACUCAAGGCACCUCCCAGGCCAGGGCCUGGUGAAUCGCAAGAGCCGGUGGGACAUGGUGGUGGUGGAUGCAGAUGCGGACGGGCCGGGCACGGGGAUAGAGCUGGGGCGCAUGGUGCAGCAACUGAAGGAGCUGAGAGAGGCGUGGGAGGCAACUCCUAUUGUGCCUAAACUGCUGCUGCUCACUCAGACGACAAACGACGACUUGGAGGCAGAGGCAGCGAGGCACGGAUUUUCAUGCAUCAUGCUCAAGCCCCUGCGAGCUGCCACCAUGGCCACCGCGCUCCUGCAGGCGCUCGGGCUGAACCCCCAGGAGACAACAGCGCUGGCCACCAGGCGAAGGCAGCUGCUGCUGCGGCUGUGCCUCAAGGGAAAGCGAGUCCUGGUGGUCGACCACCACUACAUCACUCCCCUCAUUUCGCCCCUCUCCUUUCUUCCUCCCGCCCUACAGCUGCUGCUGCAGCGACGGUUGUGGCUGUGCCUCAAGGGCAAGCGAGUCCUGGCACUCGGGCUGAACCCACGAGAGACAACAGCACUGGCCACCAGGCGCAGGCAGCUGCUGCUGCGGCUGUGCCUCAAGGGGAAGCGGGUGUUGGUGGUAGACCACCAUUACAUCACGCGCAAGGCGGCUGCUGAGCUGGUUUCACACUUUGCUGACGUGGUGGUGGCCGUUGACAGCUCAGUGGAGGCCCUCUCGCGGCUCACGCCGCUGCCACACUCCUUCCAGCUCAUCCUCGUUAAUAUCCGACUCGCUGACAUGCCUGGCUUUGAAUUCACGGAGGAGGUGCGGCGCCGGGAGGCGGAGCACAACAAGGCGGAGGUCCAACGGUGGGGCGCCACGUCAGCGCAGAGAAUCCGCGUGCCGAUCCUGGGGUUGGUGUCAGACAUGCACCCUGAGAUGGUGGCGCGGUGGCGCGAUGUGGGCAUGGAUGGGUUGCUCACUACUCCCAUUGAUGAAGCCCAGCUGCUGACAGUGGCUUCCAGGCUGUUCAAGCCAUCAGAGCAGCACUAG